AUGGGCUCAACCCACGAAACAGACCUGGUCCUCACCCAACCAACCCCAGCAGAGCGCCUAAAGACCUACACCUCAACCUACGCAAACUGGGGCGCCGCCCUCGAACUACAAGAAUACAUCCGCCGCGAAUCCUACAUGACCACCGUCCCCGUCUCCCGCAACGGCGGCAUCACCCAAUGGAUCCUCACCGACCCGACCCUACCCCCCGACGCCCGCCCCAUCUUGUCCUCGUGCGAAAGCAUCCGCAAGACCGUCCUCGUCGCGAAACCAGACGGCACCGUCGUCGACGCAAUCACCCACGCCGUCGGCUCCGUCUUCACGGACCCGGCGUACCGCGGCAACGGGUACGCCUCCGUCAUGAUGAAUCUCGUGGGAGCCCAGCUUGCGCGGUGGCAGGGCGCGGAAAUGAAGAGCGGGGAGCGGUGGGGGGAUAUUCGGGACGGAGAGGUCGCGUGCUCGGUGCUGUAUUCUGAUAUUGGGAAGAAGUUUUAUGCCAAGCAUGGGUGGCAUCCGUAUGAGAGUACGCACCUCGAGUUCCCGCCGCAGGCGUCGCCGCCAGCAUCGGAAGCGGGAGAGGGAGAGGGAGCGGUGGGAGCGGUGCAAGUCGAGACCUCGCCGCUAGGCUACCACGAACUAGCAGAGCUCUGUGCCGUAGACGAGCGCCUCAUCCGCGCAAAGCUCGCCCAGAAGAGCACAAAGACCCGCGUCUCGCUCAUCCCGGACCUGGACGCCAUGCUCUGGCACCUCAUGCGCGAGGACUACAUGACCAAACACAUCUUUGGCCAAACACCCACAGUCCGAGGCGGGGUCGUGGGCGAGCACGGGUCGCGGGUAUGGGCCGUCUGGACGAGGGGUUACUACGGCGGAUUGAAGAAGCCCGAGGGGAACACGAUGCAUAUCCUGCGGCUUGCGAUCGAGGACGAGGAAGGGAGUGGUGAUGAGUAUGUGCAGGGGGCUAUUGAGGCACUACUCAAAUUGGCGAGGGCGCAGGCGGCGGAGUGGAAGGUGAAUGGUGUGGAGAUGUGGAAUCCUGAGCCCCGGGUUAGGGGGUUGAUUGAGAAGGCGGGCAUCCCGCACGAGUUUAUUGAGAGGGAGAAUGAUAGCAUUGCCAGCCUCAUGUGGUAUGGCCAAGGAGAGGUCGAGUGGGUGCUCAAUGAGAAGUUUGGCUGGUGCUGA